UGCCGCCGCAUCAUCUUCGUAGCAGGUAAGUAAGUUCAGCAGGUAAGAACUGAAACAUGGGGCGUGUCCGAACCAAGACCGUGAAGAAAUCAUCCCGUCAAGUCAUCGAGAAGUACUACUCUCGCAUGACACUCGACUUCCACACCAACAAGAAGAUCCUCGAAGAAGUCGCCAUCAUCCCAUCAAAGCGUCUCCGCAACAAGAUCGCUGGAUUCUCCACCCAUCUCAUGAAGCGUAUCCAGAAGGGACCAGUCCGUGGUAUCUCACUCAAGCUUCAAGAGGAAGAGCGUGAGCGCCGCAUGGACUUUGUUCCCGAUGAGUCUGCUAUCAAGACUGAUGAGAUCAAGGUCGACAAAGAGACUCUUGAGAUGCUUGCUUCGCUUGGAAUGUCUGACGUUGCUGGCGUCUCUGUGAUUGAGCCUCAGACUGUGGCUCCUGCUUUUGGCAGGCCACCCAGAAGGUACUAAGGAGUUUGCUCAUAUCAAAGAGGCUGUUUUUUUUUUUUCACUGUUAGGGACAAAAAAUGUUGCAGCUCUUUUGAGUGUUUGUCUUUUGAUUCGAGACUUAUGUCUGAAAGUUGAACUCUUUUUAUAUUCCAUGUUUUUUUGAAUUUUGAUGAUCAUUGAGUUAACGAACACUUACUGAUGUGAGCUUAGUUGUCACUGGAGAUCAAAAAUUUC